GGACUCCGAUGACUACAUCGACGACGACAAAUAGCUUACAAGAGUUGUGACUCUUCGGCUAUGCGCUUCACAUCAUGACAUCUAUAAUGCAAUCCUUGCGACCAGCCGUCAGGCUCCUGCACAGCUCACCACAACUACUCUUGCGGACCUCCGGAGCGCUCUCACAACGCCACUUGUCACACACAGCAUCGCGUAGAUCGAUCGGGCCGCCAUUGAAUAUACCAAAAUGGGUUUCAGAAAACUCGCACAUGCUCCAACCCCCAAUAAACAACUACUGCGUGUACAACGACGAUGUGACAGUGAUGAUAGUCGGCGGCCCCAACGAGCGAACAGACUACCACAUCAACGAAACCGCAGAAUGGUUCUACCAACACAAGGGCUCCAUGCUCCUGAAAAUCGUCGACCCGUCCCAACCCGCCGACCAGCAGUUCCGCGACAUCCACAUCCACGAGGGGGACAUGUUCUUACUACCUCCGAAUACACCGCAUAACCCAGUAAGAUUCAAGAAUACGGUGGGUGUCGUGCUGGAGCAGAAACGACCGGCGGGGAGCAUGGAUCGGUUAAGGUGGUAUUGUCAGAACUGUAGGGAGAAGGUGCACGAGGCCGCUUUUCACUGUACUGAUCUGGGCACUCAGAUCAAAGAUGCUGUGAACAGUUUCAAGGCAGACAAGGAGGCGAGGAAGUGUAGAAAUUGCGGGACAUUAUGCGACACCGCGCCACAGCCAAAGGCGUGAUGAGGAAGACAACGGGCUAGGAGCUGUGAAGCUGUGUGUAAUAUAAGAUUGGUGAAACGACAAGCGAUCAGAGACCCUUCCACAUGAUUUUCGUUAUGUGGUCGGUCUUCUUCCUGCUGGGUUUGACGAGACCUAGGUACUUGAGCUCGGCCAAUGCCCGCUGGAAAAUCGCCCUAUGGCAGUCAGCAAGUUGUAAAUAGACGAAUGAUCUGGGGGCACUUACAUUGUCUUCGACUCAUUCUCCUCGUCUCCAUCUCCAGCAAUCGCAUUGAAAGCGGACCA